UUUUCGCGCAUGCGCGCCGGAUUGGUAGGCAGAAAGCGAGCAUAAUGGCGGACGCAAACAAUGGACACGAGGAGUUCUCGGCGUAUUUUUCUUCUUUAGAUAACGUUUCACAAGAUCGUUAUACGAGUAAGUUGAUGAUUGAUGGUACCAGAUUGCCAGAUCCAUAUAGCAAAAGCCUGAAGGGAUGGAGCGAGUCUGUAAAAAGCUGGCCGAGUGUUCCUUACGGCAACAUUUACAGCUACCUUAUCGACACGCCAGGCCAGUACACACGAGAGAGCAUGAAAGCCUUGAAAUCACUGGACGGCUACAAUUAUUUCAUCUCGGGACAUGUUCAGACGUGUUUGUGUAACCUGCUGGAGAAGGACACGACUGUGUGCUUUGUGAAAGCAAAGGUAUCCCCGUCCCAACGGGCCAACGACAAGCCACACGAGCCAUGGGUGUGCGUGAACAAAGAGCAGGGAUACGUUGUAGCUGCACAUUGCACAUGUAAAGCUGGUUUGGGAGAGGCAUGCAGUCACAUUGCUGCUCUCUUGUUCAAAGUUGAAGCAGUGGGCAGAUUCGGCCUCAACCAGGAAUCGAAGACAAGCGUUGCCUGCGCCUGGAACAAGUCUUACCGGAAAAAGGUCACAGCGGAGCGAAUUGUGGACAUUGAUUUCACCUCCCCCAAGUAUGGCAAGACCGCCAAGUGGAAGGUCAACAAACAGAGACGCAUAGAAGUGGCUGGUCUGGACGAGUCGGAACAACAGAGGGCCCUUGAAGCGCUCCGAAGAAUCUGUCCCACUGCUGGAUGUCUUACGAAAGCGGAGUCGGACACGGACAGCGCCUCAGAAGAUGAAGACCUGCCACCGGUAGGUUUAAAAAAAAAAAACAUUGUUCAUAAAGGAAUAUUUCUGUUUACAAUUUCUUUGAAUCCCCAGCGAAUAUUAGUUACUUUUUUAUUUACUUGA